CUGACUGCUGUGUGGAGCGGACUGUGUAGUGAUUUUGAUUACAAGUUUAUUUUAUUUAUAUAUUACAUUAUAAACUGUAGUGACGUGUUACGUGUACGGAUUUUUUUUAUAUUUAUCGUUGUUAUUUGUAUAUCGGUCAGUGAUAUAUUAAAACUGAAUUAUCUAAAAACAUUUCCGCGUUAUACUUAUGUGGAGUCAUUAAUUAAAUAGAUCUUAGUGUGACUCAAGGCUGUACCAAUAAAAGAACCACUAAGCAGAGCUUGUGACUAUUAUGAGAAUUACAAACACAUAAUGGUUGAGGAUAAUGAUCAAAGUUACGGACGGACGGCAAACAAAAAUGUACUAUUGAAAAUAGUAAUACUAGGAGAUGGGGGUGUGGGCAAGUCGUGUUUGAUGAGUAGGUUUAUAUCGAACCACUUUGAUGACCACAACUUUCACACGAUAGGCGUCGAGUUUAUGAACAAAACUAUAGAUGUCAAUGGAAAACAAUAUACACUACAGAUAUGGGACACAGCCGGCCAGGAACGGUUCAAGUCUUUAAGGACACCAUUCUAUAGAGGGACAGAUAUCUGUAUACUGGCAUAUGCUAUAGACGAUAGAAGUUCUUUCAACAAUAUUAAGACGUGGUUAAAUGAGUUCUUACAUUAUGCUGGUGUUAAAAAUGGAAUAGAAAAGUUUCCUUUUAUCGUCGUUGGGAAUAAGUCAGACGUAUCAUCAAAAGACAGAGAGGUCUCAUUUGAUCAGCUAAAACAUUGGUGCGAUGAAAAUAAAAUAUCAACAUACGUAGAAACAUCUGCAAAGACAGACAGCAAUGUCGUUGAAGCUUUCUCGCUGUCCGUACAGAGAUGGGCAGAUUUGGAGCAGAAAGCCGAGAAGGAACUCAGGAUGUUCCACCAUCCAGAUACAGUGACACUCCAUGGUUCGAGCGCCGUAUCCAGCUUCCGAGCAACUUGCUGUUCUCGGUUUACUUCAUAUGAUUCAUAAACGAUUAUCUUAUGGAAGGUAAUUUUCUCAGAUUCAGUAUUUGAAAGACAAAUAAAUUCUAUUUUAUUUUCAUAUUAAUUCAACACAUAAUCAAAAAUAAUGCUGAAGAUCGACUUUUUUAAUCGAUUUUUAACUACUAUUAUAUAUAGUUACUUUAAAAAAACGAACAAAAUAUCACGUGACUACUAAACGCACUACUAUUGUUGUGACGUCAUAAUGUUAACCCAAGGAAUCUAAGAAGCUUUGUAACGUGAUAUGCUCUCGAAAUUUGUACGCACGUACCGUAAUACGUCUUUAGUAGAAUGAAAUAUCAACUAUAAAUUGAUAUGACUUAAUGUAGUUUAUAUAAUUAUUAAAAAAAAAACCUAAUUAAUACGAUUUUCAAAAUUAUAUUAAAGUUGAUAUUUGUCUUUAUAUAUUAUGAAAGCUUUAAUAGUUCAAUUUAUUUGUUACAUUGGAGUUAUAAUCUGUAAUGUGUGUCAUGAAUGGUUAACCACGGGCAUGUAAAUGAUAUUGUUAGUUGCAUAAUAUUUACUUGUGUUAAUAUUAUUUUAAUGUAUAUCUUACAGACUAAUGUAUAUUAAAAUGCUUGGGUUGUUCAGUCUUAUGCUCCCCUGGUACUUAUUAUUAAGGCCUGACAUUCAAUGGGACUAGUUAUUUUAAAAGUAGAUAAAUUGCUUAUCUAUUUUUAGGAUGAUUAUCUAUUUUACAUAGCAUCGAGAUUGGGGAGUCUUAGCCCAGCAUCUGUAAUUUAAACACUGUUACUUUUAAAUCUAGUUUCGUCAUUGAAUGACCUUGGCAUCAGAGGUCGUGUGAAGUAGGGUGUUUUUAAUAAGUACAUAAUCAAUAUGUACAUCGUUGAUUUAAUGAUAAAAUAUUAGCGAGUACGUUUUUUUAUUGUGCGUUAACAUGAUAGCAAUAUUUUGCUUAGUUUACGAAAUGUCCGCUAGGAGUGCUGUCGUUGGUUUCAAAGCUGUUGUUAACGGUUACUCAGGCCAUUCAAGGUACUUAUCUCGAAGAAUGCAUUUAGCUUAUCAAAAAAUAAUCAUCCGUCCUUUAAUCAUCGAUUAUGUAUAUAUAUUUUGAUAGUAAAUAUCCAUACAUAUCGUGGACUCGAGUUCAACUGACAUAUAACGUGUAAAUGAAAAUAGUUUUUAUAUUAAAAUAUUAAAUAACAGAUAAAAAAAUAUUAUCAGUAUUGCAUUGCGGUUGACAGCUGUCGAAAGAAUUGUCAAAAUAUUAGGUGAAAAAAAAGUGUUUUUUUUUUGUACAAAAUGCCUGUUCUAUAAACUGUCUCUAAUAAUGUCUCGGGUAGGUUUUAAUAAACUGCACUGUAGUGUUUAACGUGUAAUUUUGUAGAAAUAGUUCGCACAUUAUUUAAAUAGGUAUUAUAUUAGAUUUAUUUAUUCGAAACACUUUUUAUGAGUAAAGUUUCAAAGGCUUGGAUGUAUUUAAUACUUUUUGAUUAUGCUCCAUAUUUUGUAAGGCGUUGAUUAAUUUAGUUUAUAGUAACUUAUUUUUUUUUUCUACAAAUACCUUAACAUUAACAUU